AUGGACAACAUCGAAGCAGGCCCUAGGGAUACCAGCAUGGCAGCAUUGCACCAGCGUUCGCGAAACUCGGUGGUAACCGCCGUAGAUGAUGGCAAGCUACAGAUUCUUGAUGUGAAUCCAGCGCAAGAUACCUCCGGCUACGGUGGUCAACGUACCUCUGGGACUCCUGAACGUGGGCAUUUUACAUUCCGAGCUUCCAUUAUUGGUUCACUCCUCGGAUGCUUCGUAGCGGCUUCCAACUUUUACCUUGGCCUCAAAGCGGGGUGGACGUUCGGAGCCCAGCUCUUUUCGGCCAUUUUCAGUUUUGGUAUUCUCAAGACGUUGUCCCGCGUUUGGGGUCCUUUCUUUGGCCCUGAAGAGAAUUGUACGGCCCAGACGGCAGCGUCUACCACGGGAGGGUUGUCUGUUGGGUUUAUUACUGGUAUACCCGCGCUCUAUCGGCUUGGUCUCAUGUCCGAGGAUGUGAUGGACGAUCUAGGCAAGUUGAUCAUGUGGACUAUCGCCGCUGCCUUCUAUGGUUUAUUCUUUGCUGUGCCCCUCCGUAAGCACUUUGUUAUCAACCACGACUUUCCCUUUCCGACGCCGCGUGCAACUGCUGUUACCAUCUUGACGUUGCAUGGCAGCGUCGGUAAGCAAAAGGAAGCAAUCCAGACUGUCAAGGUCAUGAUCGCGACCUUUGCCGGCGCAUUUGCGCAGACACUGUUGAGUUACUGGAUCUACUUCCUUGACAAGAUUCAUGUGAGUAUGGCAUUUUUGGCUCUUGCCACAGAGAGAGGGACGGAGCAUAAUAGUAAUCUUCUCCUUCAGCUUCUCUUCUGGAUCGGUCGUGCAGCUGGCAACAUUGGACUCCAGAAUGCGGAUAUCGUCUGGGGAUGGCAUAUCGUUCCCAAUUUUGCCUUCUAUGGUGCCGGUUUGAUCACACCCCCUGCGACGCUCUUGUCUUUCCUUGCCGGCUCUGUAAUUGCCUUUGGCAUUGGCGGCCCCGUGAUGUUAAGUGAUGGGUACCUAUCGGCGGCUUUGGGAUGGGGUAAAAAAGGGAACGGCUCAGCUCAAUCUUGGUGGUUCUGGCCCGGUAUUUCUCUUAUGCUCUUCUCUGCCUUUACGGAGCUUGCGGUCAAUUACAAGACCAUCAUCAGCGGCACAAGGGAGGCCCUGGGCAAGCUAGUUUCGGUUGUAUCCGAGAAAAUAAACUCACGGCGUAAACCCGACAAUAUCCAUUCAGAGCAGCAGCUGAUGAAAGGCGAGCAAAGCGAUGCGUCAGGGGCCUAUGGCAAAGAUCCCGUACCUCUCGCACAUCAGGUCCCAACUUUGUGGUGGACUGGCGGGCUGUUGGUCUCCAGUUUCUGGACAUGUUUCACCAUGGCAUACUUUUUCAAGAUUCCCGUUUAUCAAUCCAUUCUUUCGAUUAUCUUUGCCUUUUUCCUCGCGCUAAUCGGAGUGCAGGCCGCUGCUGAGACCGACAUCAACCCAAUUAGUACUUUGGCAAAGGUCGUUCAAUUGGCGUUCUUCAAGUUUCCUGCCGACUCUUUACAAAGUCUGCAACGAAACAAUAUCCUGUCGGCGGCAGUAACGUCUGCCGCGGCGAAUCAGGCCGCUGAUAUGGUUGGCGAUCUCAAAACAGGACACAUUGUUGGGGCAUCUCCUCGUUCGCAAUUCCUCGCGCAACUCAUUGGCAGCGCAGUGGCGAUUCCAGUCAAUCUACUGCUUUUCAUUGUUUUUGCGAAAGCUUAUCCCUGCAUUGUCAAACCUAUGGACACUUGUGAUUUCGGGCUCUCGCCUGUUCUUGGCUGGGAAAACUUUACGAAACUGUUGACAACGAGUGCCAACCUGCCUAUGGCUUCCUGGGUUACCGCUCUUGUAUGCGGCUUUGUCGCCAUUCUGUUCACGAUCAUGAAACACCAGUACAUUCCACAGAAGCAUCAUGACUCUCUUCCCAACCUGGGUGCUAUUGGGUUGGGAUUCAUCGUUCCCCAGCCUUCCACACCUCUUGCAAUGUGUAUGGCCAUGGUCGGUGGUAUGAUUUGGAAAAAGUUAUCUCCAAGCAGUGAACACAAGUUUAGAAUGGCAGUUGCCAGCGGUGGCAUUGCUGGUGUCGGCAUUGCUGCCGUCCUUAGAGCCGUUCUCAAGCUAUCGGACGUUCCGGAUAAGGUUGUCGACUGGAACUGUCCUGUCAGUGUUGACGGCGUUGUCAAAUGCUUAUAG